CCGCAAAUUAACGCUGUACGUUUUCUGGGAAUUGUUUUGGUUGACAAAUGCAGCAUUUCUUACCUGAAGCAUGGCCAUCCCUAUAGCCAUCUUGGACUGUGAUCUUCUCUUACAUGGUCGAGGCCACAAAACUCUGGACCGCUUCGACCUGGACUCAGUCUCAGACAACACCCUGCUCACACAGUUUGGCUUCCCCAGAGACUUUAUCUUGUAUCUGGUGGAACUACUCAGAGAGGCUCUCUGCAGACGAACCCAGCGGUCCAGAGCCAUCAGUCCCGAGGUCCAGGUGUUGGCCGCGCUGGGCUUCUACACAUCUGGCUCCUUCCAGACGUCUAUGGGGGAUACGAUAGGGAUCAGUCAGGCGUCGAUGUCGAGAUGUGUGUCCAAUGUGACCAGAGCGCUGGUGGAGAAAGCUCCCCAGUUCAUCACGUUCAACAGAGAUCCCUCCAGCAGAGAGCAGUCUUUCGAGGAAUUCCAGAGGGUGGCAGGAUUUCCAGGAGUUCUCGGGGUGCUGGACUGUGUUCAGGUUGCCAUCAAAGCUCCAAACAGCGAAGACUCGUCAUACGUGAAUAAGAAGGGCUUUCACUCCGUGGCCUGCCAGCUCGUUUGUGACGCCCGAGGAUUGCUGCUCAGCGCAGAAACACACUGGCCAGGCGGACUCCAAGACACCGUUGUUCUGGAAAGAUCCGCUCUGUACAAGCAGCUGCAGGACACAGAGGAGGGCUGGCUGCUGGGUGACGGUCGCUACCCUGUGAGGAAGUGGCUGAUGACCCCGGUCGACUGCCCAGAAUCCCCUGCGGAGUUUCGAUAUAAUCUGGCUCAUACGGCUACUCAUGAGAUAGUGGACAGAACCUUCAGAGCCAUCCAGACCCGAUUUAGAUGUUUGGAUGGCACCAAAGGAUACUUGCAGUAUUCUCCAGAGAGGAGCUCAGCCAUCCUGCUGGCCUGCUGCGUUCUCCACAACGCCUCGCUGCAGUCCGGAUUGGACGCCUGGACUCUGGAGAGGACGGAGCCGCUCGAGCAGCCCAGCGGCCUCAAACAGAGACCAGAGGACCGCGACAGCCAGGCAGAGGAGCUCCGAAAACAGCUCAUACUCAAACACUUCAGCUAAGACUUUAUCAAAGGAUGUUUUCAAGACUGGGACCAGCACAAAUCAAUGAAUUUUAAAAGCAAGAAAGUGCACGGACACCGUGUUGCUGAUGCAGUUUUUUAAUAUUUUGCUGGUUUCUACUCUACUGACUAUACUAAGAUAACAUAGUUGUAUAUGGAGGAACAUGCAGGACGCUAUACAACAAACCAAGACAACGACAUGUCCAGACCCAUUUCAAAUAACCAAACUCCCUGGAAAGUGCUUGAUUAUUCUCUCAGGACAUUCAAUUUUUCCAAAUAUUCAUGGAGAGGUUGGAAUAAACAAGCACCUUCCUGGUGUUGUAUUUAAACUGCGUGCAGCUGCUGUCAUCCAGGUUUCUUUACAAGUGGAAAAAGUCACCCUCCCCAUCUUUUUUUUUUUAAUUUUAAUUUUUUUUAAUCCCACCCCACUUUCCUCCCCCCACUGCUUCCCCCGUGCCUUUUCCAUGAGAUUCCACAGGUUAAAAUCUUGGACUAUGUCACAAUACAAAAACAAGGCCCUUAUUUACAACAACUGCACAUUAAGUUGUCAUUAUUUAUGUACAUUGGUGCGUUAAGACUGUUAUGGGUGAAGAGAAUGACAGGAUGUUUGUGCAACGGGCUGCAGUCACAUGAUUUUUUUUUGUGUAAAAUGAAAAAAAAAAUGAAACAUUAAACAAAAACACAAGUAAGAAAAGCAGACGACCUGUGACAACUGUAAAGUUUUGGAGAUCAUAAGAUUUUGGCGUCUUUUAUAAGCCAGAAGUUGGACUGAGGACGGUGAAAUGUCGGUUUUUAUAGCUUGAACGAAUACCAUGAAGUGUAAAGAAGUUAUUUUGGGAGCGUUGCUGUUUCUAUUACGUUGUCAGAAUAGUGGUAAAGAAAUAAAGAUUUUAAAAAUGUGA